AUGGAAGAUGAUGGAUUUACGCUGGUGACGGGAAGGAAAGCGGGAAAAUUGGCGGAUAGGAAGUUUGAAAAAACCGAAAACGGAACACACAUUCGAGUGGAUGGUACCAUCGAAGAAAUCGAUAAAUCAAUGAGCUCCGCGACGUGUUCCAUUCAAAAAUCCGGUCUCUCCACGUGGCUCCGUGAAAAAAUCGAUAAUUUGAUGACUGAAAAAGUUCAAAAAAUAUAUCUCAUCGGAAACGGUCAUUUCGACGGCUCCCGAGAGCCAGGAGCCCAUCAAUUGGCUCUUUUUCUCGAAAUUUCCACAAUUUUCGGCGCCCAAUUGAUAUUUCAAGACCCGGUGUGCUCACCGGCUGAGCUCCAAUGGCUCCAGACGAAAAAUGUCGAAAUUCGACAAAAAAUCGACACGGAAAUCGAUUUAUCGACUGGAAUCCCGACGAUUUUAGUCAUGAUUCAUGGAGAACACGAGUUGUUCGAUGGAAUUCUGAAAUUUAAUCAAAAAAUUGAAAAUUUAAUUGUGAUCGGAAAUAAUUACGGUGGUGUUGACUGGGAAUUGUCGAAAUUACGCGAAGAAAUGCCGCGGAUUAACGAGUUUUUUGAAAAAUCGAUAAUCACUUAUUUUCCGGAAACCUAUGAACCACAUAGCUCGGCGUUUUCCAGCACUGUUAUUAUGUCGCCAAUUGAUGAAUAA